AUUAGGCAUUAUGUAAUUUGGAGAAUGAUAUGAAUGGCGAUAUCUUGCGUCAGUGUUUACAAGAUAUAAGCCAUCAUAAUGAGACCGUCACUGAACGCCUGCUGGAGAAAUUCAAUACCUAUGCCAAUUGGACCCAGGAGGAGAUACCCUGUUUUGCCCGGUGUGUGGCGGCCGAAAAGGGCUGGUUUGACAUUGAACGUCAUCGUUGGAAUAAACAAAAAAUUGUCGAUGAUUUGGGUGCAAAUAUGUAUAAUUAUUGCCGUUAUGAAUUCAAUCGGCGCUUUAGUAAUGUCUGCACCUACGCAUUCAAGGGCUUAAAAUGUUUGAAACAGGCUGAAUUGAAUGUUAUUGUUACAUAUUCGCAUUUGGUAACGUGCAUUAAGGAGAAGGCCACCAGCAUGUCACAAUUAUUGGAAUAUUAUCAUUUUCCGGCUGGCGAACGCAUACCCUGCCUGUUCAACUGUUUCGCCAAUAAGGCCCAAUUAUACGAUGACAAUUAUCAGUGGAUUGUUAAAAAUUGGUUAAAAGCUUUUGGACCGAUACGCGAUGAAUCGGCUAAUAUUUCCAUUUGCCGCAUAAGUGAUGAGAAGCGCAGCACCAUGAACGUGUGUGCCUGGAUGUAUGAUGAGUAUAAUUGCUGGGAACGUUUGAAUUACAACACUAAUGGUUCGGUGGCAUAUCGGCGAGCGUUGCGAAAAAUCAGUAAUUCCAACAGCAUCGAACAUAAUAAUUGAAUG